AUGGCCAAGAAGAAUGCAGUCGCCAUCAAGAAAGAGCCCUACGACAGCCCCAGUUCUUCCGUCCAGGCGGUUCCCGAGACCAUGAAGGAAGUACAGGUGGAGACCCGCUUCAGAGCAAUCAGUGACCUCCACUACCUCGAUGACACCGUCGUCUUGGAGCGAGCAGUCGGGGCAGGCAUGCAAUUGACCCGCGAACUUGCGCCAUCGGUCAACCAGCUAGCUUCGAUGAACCAACUGUCAACUGCUCGGAAGGACGAUGGACUUCGGUGGAAGGAGAGCAUCGAGGAGAUUAUAGCCAUGGGAAAACCGACCCGGACCACGAUCGGAGUCGUCGGUGCCACGGGAUCUGGCAAGAGCUCGUUGGUGAACGCCCUUCUCGACGAAGAGAAACUGCUGCCCACUAGCGGCGCCAGAGCUUGCACCGCAUGGAUCACCGAAGUCUCCUACAAUUACAGUGACGACGAAAGCAAGGCCUACAGGGCGGAAAUCGAGUUCGUGACAGGAGAAGAGUGGCAGCGAGAGAUGGGUCCCUGGCUCCAGUCUAUGAAGGAUGAAAUCGCUUCCGGAUCGCCUGAUUACUCGAGCGCCAACACCGAGGCUGGGAUGAUGCUCUCGAGACUCACGGCCGUCUAUCCCAGCGUCACGAAGGAGACGAUUGCAACAUAUGACUGUAACGCCUUGAUGGAGAACACCGAAGUCCAAAAGAUACUCGGCAGAAUUAUCAGCCUCGCCGACGUCUCCGCCAAGGGCCUUUCCGAUCAGAUGCAACCUUAUAUGGGCAGGAAGGUAGAAUCGAAAGAGGGGACUGAUAUGAACCCUUGGCCCUUGAUCAAGGUGGUACGAGUCUUCGUGAAAGCCGCGGCUCUCUCAACCGGAGCUGUUAUUGUCGAUCUGCCCGGAAUCCAUGAUUCGAACGCCGCGCGAGCGGCAGUCUCAACAAACUACAUGAAGGAUUGCUCCAGCAUCUGGAUUGUCGCUCCGAUAGUAAGAGCCGUGGACGAUAAAUCCGCCAGAGACUUGUUGGGGGAGUCGUUCCGACACCAGUUGCUCCUGGACAACAAAUUCUCAGCCAUCAGCUUCAUAUGCUCCAAGACCGAUGACAUCAACGUGGACGAGAUAGCUGGCGAACUGGCCUUAACUGCUGACAUCGAACAGGACCGUUUCAAGAUUGCUUCCCUCGCCGACGAGAUCCCGGCUCUGGAAGAGGAACUGAAAGCACUCAGAGAACAGAAACGCAACGACGCAGACAUACUAGAUGAGUGCCGUGACCAGUUGGAUGACUGGGAGAACGCUUUACGUCAGGUGCAAGAAGGCCAACCCCUUGGUGUGGCGGUGGGAAAUCUGGCCAAGAGAAAGCGUGCCUCUGACAAUGACAGCGUUGUGUCCUCUGCUGUUGACACAAGCAUCGGUAGCAACCCUUCGAACAAGGUCCAAAUUGAGGAAUACGUAAAUACCCUGAGGCGCCAGGCCCAAGACCUCCGCGAACGAUGCCGAAAGUCGACAGCGGCAGCCAAGGAGCACGAGGAGAAGCUGGAUUCCAAAGUGCAGGAGAAGAAGUCGCUCCAGUGCUUCACCAAGGGUUCUUGCAUCAGAAAGCGGAACUCGACAUGUACGCAGAGUAUCAAACAGGACUUUGCGGAUGGCCGCAAGGAACUCGAAAAAGAGAGCGCCUCGGACGAGAAUGAUGCGUUUUUCAAAGACGAAAAGCAUACGCCAGACUACGAGAAGAUUAAGGCUGACCUGCCCGUGUUCUGUAUCAGCAGCCGGACUUACCAGAAGCUCAACGGCAUGAUGCGGAACGAGGACAUCAGCACGAGCGGCUACAGAGACGCCGACGACACGGGCAUACCCAGCCUCCAGGCCCACGCGCAGAAGCUCACAGAGUCUGGCAGAAACGCGCGGUGUCGAUAUAUCCUCACCAAGCUGCACGCCCUGCUCACGUCCAUCGCGUGCUGGGUGACAGGCACCGACCUCGAACGAGCAGGCUUCGACGCCAAGAAAGUCGAGGAACAUCUCACAACAGAGACCAAGAAGCUCCAAACGAACUGGAGAAUCACUCGGGAGACUUUCUGCCGGCACCUCAACGACAUUCUGCAGGAGUACGUCUAUGGCAGGGAAGACGCCAUCAUUGCCAAGGCGGAAAAGAAUGCGCCACGCCUUGCUGCCGGCUGGUUCGAGACCCCCAAAGCCGGAGGGUUCGCUCUCCAGACGCUCAGGGCGAUUUGCAGAAAGAAUGGCGUUCACAAUGCCCGUGGCCGUCCUACCAUCAUCUUGCAUGAUCAGCUCGCCGGGCCCAUACAAUCUGGCAUGACCCGAGAUUGGGCGGCCGCCUUCGAGCGCGCCAUACCACUCAUCAUCCAGGACCUUGUCGGCGGGCUCACGAACCAUCAGGACAACUUCCACCGCGCCAUUGAGGGACGGUACAAGUCCAACGGUAGCAUGGCCAUGGCCCUUGACCUUCUCAACAACAUCAACUCGGCGUCCAAGGGGAUUCCUGCGAGUCUCAUGAUGACGCUCCUCGGCACCAUCAACGCGAGGAAGGACAAUGCCUCUCACGCCAUGCUUCCCCCGAUCGCGGAUGCCAUGGACCCGGUUUACAGCAAGUGUCUACAAGUGCAAGGCAGUGGGAGCAAGACCGCCAUUGAGUCGCUGAUCAAGCAACACAUCGAAGACAUCAAGAGGACGGUCUUCCGCACGUCUGUUGGUGAAAUGCACCAUCGUCUCCGGAAGAUGGAAACACUCGCCGCAAGCUGGCUGGAGUCUGAAGUGAACAAAAUGAUUGACGGCAUCUUCCGAGAUUACUCAAACGCUCUGCUGCCCAGCAACCAGGGCGUCAAGCAGUUGCCCGAAGAACUCGAGCUCAAGAAACAGCUGACCCCCAUACUCAACAGCGCGGCAGCUAGGUUCCCAAAGGAAGAGUAA